AUAAGUGGUCCUUAAAAUAUUUUUCCAUAUAUUCUUUCUGCACAGUGCACACAAAAUGACUCCUGGACAUACACUUUUCACUUUGUCCUUAAGCUACCCAUAUCCUAAUUCCUAAACAAAACAUGUCCUCUCUUUUUUCUUCUUCUUCUCCUUCUUCUUCUUCUUCUUCUUCUUCUUCUUCUUCUUCUUCUUCUUCUUCUUCUUCUUCUUCUUCUUCUUCUUCUUCUUUUACCUCCUACGUUACCCCUACACUAUGUACCAUCCUUAUUAUUCUCUUGACCACCAUAACCACCUCACAUUCUAUCGUAAGCGGUCCGCCACCACCGGUGAUCAAAGCCGCUAAAAACGCCACUCACGGCCACCAUCGGAAGCUAUCGAUAGAUUACUACGCCAAGACGUGCCCUGAGGUGGAGAAGCUUGUGGCUUCCGUCACGUCGGAGCAAUUUAAAGCUGCUCCCGCUAUUGCUUCCGCUACUAUUCGGCUUUUCUUCCAUGAUUGCUUUGUUGAGGGAUGUGAUGCAUCAAUAUUGAUAUCGUCUAAGCUAGGAAGCAAAGAAUUAGCCGAAAGAGAUGCAUCACAAAACAAGAAUUUACCUAUUGAAGCAUUCGAAGGUAUCAACAAAGCCAAAGCUCUAGUAGAGGGCAAAUGUCUCGGAGUUGUAUCUUGUACAGACAUUCUUACAAUCUCAACUAGGGAUUAUGUUCAUUUGGCAGGAGGUCCUUAUUAUGAAGUGAAGAAGGGAAAAUGGGAUGGAAAGAUAUCAAAAGCAUCGCGUGUGCCUUCUAACAUUCCUCACACUAAUGCCACCGUUGAUGAGCUCUUGAAGCUAUUCAACUCAAAAGGGCUAAAUAUGGAGGAUCUCGUUGUUCUUUCAGGUGCACAUACAAUAGGGUAUUCACAUUGCAAGUACAUUAUCAAUCGAAUAUAUAAUUACAAAGGUACUAAACAACCACAACCAAACAUUGAUCCGAAGUUGUUGCAAGCUUUGAGAAUGUAUUGCCCACAUCAUGGUGGAAAUGAAGAUAUUGUGGUUCCAUUUGAUGUUACCACACCUUAUACAUUUGAUCAUGCAUAUUAUGGAAAUCUAGAGAAAAAUAUGGGAAUUUUGAUAACGGACCAAGCCUUAUACUUAGAUCCAAGAACUAAGCCUAUUGUACAAAGUCUAUCCAAGGAUAAACAGAAGUUUUUCAAAGCAUUUGCUCAAGCUAUGGAAAAAAUGGGAAACAUUCAUUUGAAAAGAGGAAGAAAACAUGGGGAAAUGAGGAAAGAUUGUAGUUCGCACAUGUAAUAAUGGGAUUUUUUUUUUGACGGGCACAUGUAAUGAGAUUUUAUACAUAUACCCAUUAAUUUUUUUAUUUUUAAUUUGUUUUUGAUGCUCGAUUUUCUCUCUAGUUAUUGGAUAUGUCCAAUAUUGUAUUUAAAAUAGUUAAACGAAAUUGGACCCAACCAUUAACAUAGUGAAUUUAAUAAUAGACAAGCUAAUUACCAAAAUAAUUAGCUACUUAAUGAAACUCAUUGUAGUCCACUUGUGAGUGUCCCACAUUGGAGAAAGAGGAGA